AUAGUUCUUUUUUUAACCUAAUGAACAUCAGACUGAUCUGAUCUGAAUGUGCUGUUGUGUUUAAGAGAUCAGAAGUGCGGUGGUGAAGUGAACCUGUCCUGUUGUCUGUACAUCAUCAUGGCGGUGGUCAUCCGCUUACAGGGACUUAGAAACACAGCUGGUUCUGAGGACAUUCGCAAUUUCUUCGCUGGACUUAGAAUACCCAAUGGUGGGGUUCAUAUAAUUGGUGGAGAGUUAGAGGAAGCAUUUAUCAUUUUUCAUUCUGAUGAAGAUGCCAGGCGGGCGAUGAGUCGAUCAGGGGGAUUCAUUAAAGGCUCUCCAGUGCACUUGCUCUUAAGUAGCAAGUCCGAGAUGCAGAAGAUUCUUGAGGAAAAUACAAGGAGGUCUAAAGCAGAUAACAAAAGGCAUCAUGAGGAGAGUGUUCGAAGACCAGUGAUGGAAGGGAGACGAUCCUUAAAUAGGAACGAAGACGAGUGGGGAGAAGAUAAUCAAAAAAUGGAAAUGAGAAAGUCCCAGAAUGACUCUCGAACUAGAAAUGGCAUUUAUGUGUACUUGUCUGGAAUGCCAUUCAUUGCAAGGAAGAAGGAUAUCUGUCAUUUUUUUGAUGGUUUACUAGUGAACGACAUCAUUUUAUUACGAAACUAUGGAGUGUUUAGUGGAUGUGGUUUGGUCAAAUUUGGAACUGUGGAGGAUGCCAAUGAAGCUUUAAAGAGGGAUCGAAAAUACAUGGGGCACCGUUAUGUCAGAGUGCUGACUUCAUCAGAGCACCAGUGGGUGAUAUCAGGGGGAUCGGUCAAACCAGAGGACUCACAUCAGCGAAGACAUGCAUUUGACCGAUCAAGAUCUCGCUCUCCAAAUCGCAACAGGUCACGUUCCCCAUCCACGGAGGAGUUCUGUGUGUUGUAUGAAAGCCUCCCGUUUUCAGUACGAAAGAGUGACAUUAAAGCAUUACUACAUCCUGUGUCUUUGAUGGAAAAUCAGAUUAAUAUUUUUGUUGAAGACCACAAGCGUCAGACCAAGUCGGCAGUUGUGGUGUUCAGAAAUCUUCAGGACUAUUGUUCUGGCCUGAGUCACGAUAAGGAAAUAUUUGAUCACAGAGUUCUGCGUGUGUCUCCUAUUUCCAAGGAGAAAGUGGCUGCUAUGAUGGAAUCAUUUAAUUACAGAAAAGAAGAAAGCAGAAGUUCCAGCAGAUCCACAGAAGGUUCUGAGAGAAGCAUCCUCUAUGUUCGCAACCUGCCUUGUGAUGUUCGUAAGGUAGAGAUUAUAGACUUUUUUUAUGGCUUCCAGCUGUCUGAGGACAUGAUUAUCUUGCUCCAUGAUGAAAGAGGAGCUGGACUUGGUGAGGCUUUGGUGAUUUUCAAGACUGAAAAAGACGCAGUGAGGGCAGAGUCUCUGAAUGGGCAGAGAUUUCUCGGAUCAAAGGUCAUGCUGAAAUGCAUCACCUGGGCUCAGAUGCAAAAAUUUGGUGUCAGCUUACCAGAAGGUGGCAAACCAGAGACAGGCUUUCAGAGAAAUCUGCCAGCAUACAGUGACGUGUCAAAAUUCCCUAAUGACCAAAUCGACCGGGACAGUCGUAAUGUAAAUCUUGAUGGUCCUGGAAAUAAUGGGAAGGUUCGCCAUUUAAAAGAUUCUGAUGUUUAUGGACAGGAGCCACAUGCGUCUAACCAGCGUUACAGGUCGACUGACUCUCAGUUUCAUGGGCCAACCAGUGUCCAGUUGCGUAAUUUACCUUUUGAGAUAAGGGUUGAUGAAAUCUAUGAUUUCUGUUAUGGGUACAGGGUAAUUUCAGGCUCGGUCUCAUUGCAGUACAAUAGCAGUGGAGCACCAACAGGCACGGCAACUGUUGUGUUUGAAACCCACAGUGAGGCGUUGACUGCUGUUCAAGAAUUAAAUGGAAGACCCAUCGGUACAAGGAGAGUUACUGUAGAGUUUUUGUAAAACUGAUUUGUGCUGUUUUCAAUUUAAAGUCGGUUGGACUAAUCGCUUAUCUUUCUGAUCUCUUUUGACACAAAUGUAAUUUCUGUUCUGAAGUGUAGCGUUUAUUUUAUUAAGAAUCUGGUUAAACGUGGUAAAAUAGUACAAAUGUAUCUGAUCUGUAUUUCGUGGAAGUUUGUUCACAUAAUGGCAUGAAUGUUAUUAAAAUGUGAACAUGCUUAUAAAGCUUAGGUUGUACUUUUCUGUGAUUGUGUAA